UUUUUGAAUUCGAUUUACUCCUAUUUGUAAGACAUAUUUUGAAAUAAAUUAAUGAUAUUUCGAAAAUAGAAACUUCAAGCUUUGAAAUAAAGUUAAUAUUAUAAUUAUUCAUCGAAUAUUUCAGUUGAAAUGUUUAGCUGAAAUUUGCCAAUUUUCAUGCGCAAAGGUUCACUUUUCGCGUCGAUGGUAAUUUGAUCUCGAAAUGGCUAAUGUAUUGGCCAAUAUCUACGACCUUGUUUUUCCAAGUCCGCCAGCUCUCAGAGAUAUUGCAUCCAUUGCAGUUGCAGCGAAAUUAUUUCGUAAAGCAAUUAAUGAAAAUGUUUCAAGUGACGAUGACGUUUCGGAAGCGAUUUCAGUACGUGGCGAACUCCCUUAUCUGCCAUCUACCCUUCUUCCCAUCGUCGAAAGAUAUUUUGACAACAUUGAAUAUUCGUGGGAUUAUCGACCCGUCGAUGGUACGGAGGAUGUUGAUUUUGAUGCUGUAAUUUGCGAUUUUAAUGGAAAUAUAAAUUACGACAGAGUUGCGAAACAAGCCAUGUUCUGCGAAGAAACCAGCGAUGUUCAGAAGUUCGAGAUAGCGUGUAGAUAUUGCCUCGAGGAUCAUAUAAUACAAAUUUGGCCAUCUGUGUCAGAACACUUCGACCUGAAUGAUAUUGUUUUUCGCGACGAUCCUCUACUGUAUUACUGGAUUUGCCGUUUAAGAAAUCAGCUUCAUAAAGUUCCCCUCGACUAUGGUUACGUUGCUAUCGAUGGAAAUGAACUGGAAUGUCUGAAUUUUUACAAUUGGACACCCGUAGAGUACUUUUGGAACCGUUUGAAAGUUGGAAAUCGAAUACCAAGUGCAGCAUAUUUACUCAGAUGCAACGGGCAUGUAUUCUGUAGGCAUAUACUUGCCACAUUGAGCGAGGAAGAAUUGAAAACAUUGAUGACAUUAACGACUGAAAGUGGCGAUAGUUUCAUGUGUACUUUAUUAAAUACUUCAUUUCAUCCUCACUACUCUUGCCCGAACAUGCGAGGCUUGUGCAUUUUAGCAGCAUGGGAAUAUGUUAAACAUAAAGUAAGCCAUACAGAUUUCAUUUGCGCAGUACGGGAGAUUAUUAAAAAACAGACUGAAGGCUCCGGUAGCAUUUGGACGGACCAGAAUUUUUCUUACGACUUUUGGAACACUUCUGCAGAUCAUUUAAAACAGAUUGCUAUACAAGAUGUUUUACUUGACCAAUCUUUAUUUAUAAUAAGUAAUGUCGAAUAUAGGAGUAUUGGUAGAGAUAAUUGGCUCAUAUGGUGUGUGCUGAAAGAUGCACCAUUGGAAGCCAGAAGUACUUUUUGGUACAAAAAUUGGCGUAUAAUAUUGCCCGGUACGAGAACAGAAGAUUUGCAACGAUUUAUCACCUUAUGCUGCCAGAACGAAACGGAAAUGCUUCUGUUUAGAAAGAAUAAUUUAUCUAAAUACGAAAACAUAAGUCAAGUAUGUUUGCAAUACCUGAAAAUGUACGAGUUCGAAAAAUUGAACGAAUAUUGGAACUUUUGCUACUUCGAAAUAGAAAAGCAAAUUGUUUUCGCUUCGCAGCUCAAGUUAUUAACUGAUUAUGUAAAUUUUCUCCAUAGCACUGAUGGUGUGGACUAUGGCAGAACGAUGUACCUCAUCAAAAAUAUUAAUUCGCUGAGUACGUUUAUCGAGAAUACUUGUAACGAUGUCGACCUCGCCGCUGAUCUUAAAAAUCAGAUCUUGUUGGCACCUCGAACGAUCGUAAUUCUAGCUAGAUGUGUCGCUUUGAGUCAUAUUAAGGAAGCGAUGCAAUUUGUCGACUUAUUUGCGAAGUCUGAGCAAGCGACGAUCAAUUUUAAACUUCAUAUUAUGCCUUCUCUGGUAAAUGUCCUGUCAACUGGAAAGGAUCUUCACUUUACAUUUGAUACGGACAGCUUUGCAAGUUUCGUGCGAUGGUGUUUAGUAAGUGACGACAAAAUCUCAGAAUUUAAACGAACUGUCACUAUUGAUGAAAUCGUUCGAAAUAUAACACAAUACGAAGAGCAACGUUUUUUUGUUCUGGGUGAUGGGUCUUUUGGACGAGAAACUUUGAUCCGGUUGUACUCUGAUCUCGCUAAAUUUUUAGAAUGGUUGUUUUCCUCGCCUGAGAAAAUCGCGGAGGUCAAAAAAAAGUUUGAUGGGUUCGAACAGUACACUUCGAAGUGAGAAUGGUUUUGCAUUUUAUGGUUGCUUUUAUAUUAAAAGUAAGUAGGUAUUUUACUUAUGAAAAAAUGAUUGUUCGUUUUUUAUCUGAGUACCCAAAUUAUCAAAGAUAAGUAGGUAAAAUACCUAAUUCAUGAUUAUGUUACAUUCAUUAUUGUUAUUAUUAUCAUCAUACUUUUCAUUUUUUGAUAUCGCAUUUUCUUUUGGAAGUAAAUUUGUAUUUUUAUA